CAUCACCUUUUAGCUAAAAGAAACAGUGGAUUUCUGCUGUUGUGGGUCUUUAACCAUCUGUCUGACUUUGUUGUUCACACAGGAGCGAGACGUGACUAUCGUGGAUCCUCUGGCGAGCCUCAACAACAUCAUGAAGCUGAGGAGUCAGAGAAGAGCCUCUCCACAUCAGAACACCUCAAGAAACACCAGCGGAAACCCACAGGGAAGAAAUCUCACCACUGCUCUGACUGUGGGAAGAUAUUCAACUCUUCUACACACCUUAAAAGACAUCAGAGAAUCCAUACAGGAGAGAAACCUUAUAGCUGUGAUCAAUGUGGGAAGAGUUUUACUACAUCUAGCCAGCUGACUAUUCACCAGAGAACACACACAGGAGAGAAACCAUACCACUGCUCUGACUGUGGAAAGAGUUUUAGUUUUGUUUCAUCCCAAUAUUUAAAAUCACACCAGAGAACACACACAGGAGAGAAACCACACCACUGCUCUGACUGUGGGAAGAGUUUUGUUUCGUCCCAAUAUUUAGAAUCACACCAGAGAACACACACAGGAGAGAAGCCUUAUAGCUGUGAUCAAUGUGGGAAGAGUUUUAGUCAAUCAAGCUGCCUGAUGGUACAUUUGAGAAGGCACACUGGAGAGAAACCUCAUAGCUGUUAUCAAUGUGGGAAGAGUUUUACUACAUCUAGCCAGCUGACUAUUCACCAGAGAACACACACAGGGGAGAAACCUUAUAGCUGUGAUCAAUGUGGGAAGAGUUUUAGUCAAUCAAGCUACCUGAUGGUUCAUUUGAGAACGCACACUGGAGAGAAACCUUAUAGUUGUGAUCAAUGUGGGAAGAGUUUUAGUGAUUCAAGCAACCUGAAGGUACAUUUGAGAACACACACUGGAGAGAAACCUUAUAGCUGUGAUCAAUGUGGCAAGAGAUACGCUGCUAAAAGAACUCUGAUUCAACAUCAGAAAGUACAUACAUGAAGGAGUUGUUUCAUGAUAUCAAUUAAAUAAUGUCACAAUGUUUUAACAUUGUU